AUGUCCCCGCCGGCCGCCCGCUCGCGCAAAGACCCCGCCCGCAACGCCAUCAUCUCCUCCUCCGCCAAAGGCUGGUCCCCGCUCCAGAUCAGCAAGCGCGACUCCAGCGCCAGCCUCUCCUCGCCCCCAGUAGUGUCCGACGGGCCCAGGCGCACCUCUUCGUCCUUCAAAGUCGUCGCCAACAACAGUCUCGUGAAGAAUAGCAUCUUCAAAAGCCCCCAGCCAAACGACGCGGGAGACAAGAUCGUCCAUGAGCGACGAAGUACGAGAAAUCUGGGCGAGAUGGCGCCCAGUGCGAGAGGCGUUGGAUCUACGCCGCGAGGGGUCAUAGGACUCGGCCUCUCGCCGGCCAGGCGCAGUGGAAGCAGAUCCCCGAAUGGAGGAGCCGCCGUCAAUGGACAGCGCAAAGUAUCGGCAGAAAAGGCCAAAGUGACUUUUCCCGGUGUCGAAAGAAAGGUGUCCAAGGAGAAUGAGAGCCCCGAUGUGCGACACUCUAUGCGCGUGCCGAGAUCCAGUAUGGGCUUGAAGGGCCUUCAAACAGGCAGCUAUGUCAGCCAGUCGCCUUUCAAGCGACCAUCAUCCACUACUCUCUCAUCCAGCAGCCUCUCUCAAGCCAACUCUGGCGAGACGCCCUCUCCCAAGAUCAAGUUGCCUGUCGAGAAGGAUGAUGUCUUUUCCUCGCCCUCCCCCCGAAGAGUCUCUGGCGGCAAACAGCGUCGCGUAUCUCCUGGUGCUGCUGGCACCCUUGGUUCUGUCUACCGCCAGUCUCCUACCCCAUCCCCACGCGCUCGAGCUUCAGUCUCGCCUGGCUCUGCCGGUCCUUCACCUCUGCGCAGAGAACUCUCAGCCGAUAUCGCUGCUGCCUUUGACGCUUCGCCUACGCCUACCCCUCACAAAUCCUCCAUGACUCCCUCUCGCCGUUUGCGUGGUCCCCGCGAUGCUUUGCAAGGGUAUGACAGUCCUUCCAAAAAGUCUGUCACUUUCCAGGCUAUUCCCGACGUCAAGGAAUAUGAAGUCGUCAGCGCCGAGCCCAGUAUGGAUGGGAGCUUUGAUGUGGAUGCGGGAAUGGGCGAUGAGGCAGACUGGGAGGAUGAAAAUAGGGAGAAUAGUCUCGACAACUUGCUCAACGAACAAAUCGAGCCCAGUGAUGAAGGGCACGACGGAAUCGAGUCGUCUACGGCCGAUUUCAUGGAUACCCUUGUUGAGGAAGGGCUCUUUUCCCCUCCAGAGAUGGACGCUCCCGCCUUUUCCGACCAAGACGGGUACGAGCUACCUCUCGAGUCGUCCUAUCUCGACUUGAACUCCCAAACAGACGACUCGGACCGUCCUUAUCUGGCCACACCUUCCCUCGGCGUGUCUGUCAACGGCUCGCCCCUGUUUGCUUCCCAUGAGGUUUACCCAGAAGUAGACGACGCGGGUAUUCCUUAUGGCCGUACCCACCAUGCUGAGCGAUCUUCGGAAGCGCAUCAGCACAGGCUGGACGUUGGCAGAUUCGAACAGCCCGGUCUGCCGAGAGAUGGGGGCCACGGGAUGUUGCUCAACGCCGACGCGUCCAAACCUAGCUUGUCCAUCCCGCCUACUUCGCCUUCGUUCUAUCACGACUACAAUGAUCCCUUUGCGUCCGUUACUCCUUCGCAUACGACUCCGAAAGCGAAAUCCGCCCCCGCCCCCGCCCCCGCUCCAGCCCCCGAGCCUCACGCGCACCAAACCAGUCCUUUCCCCGACCCAUUCCUCACUAUACAAACUGCUACCGCUACUCUCAACCCCGAAGGCGAGGAGCGCGAGGAGGACGGUGUUCCCCUGGGUAGGACGAGUCAUAAAGAACGAGUCUUGGCUGCGAGGAUGAUGGCGACAAGGGGGCUUGGAUUGGGUAUGCCCGGCCGACCGACGGCGGGGCCUCCCAGUCCCCAGCCUGUUGCUCAGGCAGUGUUUGAAAAGGAGGAUGAGGUGCCGGAGAGAAAGUUGCCAAAGGCGCCUGCACCUGCUCCAGCCCCUAUUGGUCUCCCGAGCCCGGUUUCCAUGUCAAAGAAUGAAAUUGUGGAAGAGCCCCUCGAGAACAAGAACUUGCUUGGUGCUAUGACUCUUCCCAGCAUCGACAAGACUUCGCCCUUCUUCCAGGCUACCUCUGCCUUUGAGCAGGCGCCUGCCCCUACUUCCGAAUCAGGCUCCGAAUCAGCGUCCGAGCCCGUAUCCUCUCGUCCAACCUCUCCCGAGUCUAGUAGACUCCAGAUCACCGAAGGCCCUCCUCUCACGCCCCCGCGCAGUAUGGGUGACAGUAAGGAAGCUGAAAGUCCGCAUAGGCUGCCGGACUUUGACUUUGGGCUGGGCAGUAUUGAUUUUGGGACCGUUGGGUCGACGAAGAAGAUUGUGGAGCCCAAGAUCAUCCGAGAGGAGGCGAAACCCGUCGUGAAACCGGAAGAGAAGGAAAAGGUGCAGGAAAAGAAGAAGGCUCCGCUUGGGAUUCCCCAGGCAACGUCUACGACUUCACUCAACCGUCACUCGAUGCCUGCCUCUCCUGCUUCAUCCUUCCCUGCUUCCCCCACCUCUCACGCUUCCACCUCCCCCCGCCAGCCCAAGACUACGCACGAUUCGACUACCAAUCGCAUCAGGCAAAGAAUCUCGCGAGAGAUGAUUCGCGAGACGAUUCAGCAGAGGUUGGCAGAUGGUUCUUUGAGCCGUCGGCCCGUCAGUAUGGGUUCUGGGGCCGAGCUUGAUGCUCUCGCCAAGGGGAUGGAGAAGACGAGUAUCUCCGACUUUGGCGUGGAGGGCAACACGGAUAAAGAUCUACCUGCGCCUCCUCCCGAGUUACCCCCUCUUCCCUCUACCCCCAACAAGGUCCGCCCCAAGUCGGAGAUCCUCUCCCGCAUGCGCACCCCCUCCACCCCUCAGUCGGUUCCCAAGCAGACAACCACCUCCAACCCCGGCACUCCCACCAUCGUCGAGCGCCCCCAGCUGCGUCAGCGAUCUCAAACCCAGUCUGCCCAAGAAGUAUUCAAGCAGAGCGAAGAAUUCGGGGCCGAGGCGAAGAGCGCGUUGGACAAGAUUGUUUCGCUGGUCAGAAGGGAGCAUGGGAGGAAGAGUAGUGAGGUUGGCAAGCCUGGUGGGGCUGGGAUGCAGAGAGAAGUCAGUGGGACGAUUGGGGAUGUGAUGCCGCCUGCGCCGAGGACGCCGUCAAAGGAGGCAAAGCCGGCUGGGAUCUUGAAGAACCCUAAUGGACUGCUUGAUACGGCUCUGCAGGACGCGCCGAGAAGGGUCAGCAAUAAUGUGCGACCACCCUCGUCCUUGUUUUCGUCUUCUACUUCGUCCUCGUCGUCAGACAAGAAGGAGAAGGAAGAUGCAAGAGACGAUAGACCCACUGCAGAGGAGCAGGCAUUGAUCACCAAGAGACGAGACGAGCUUGGUAGAGAGAGACAAGUCAGCGGGGUGUCGAUGGUCUACCAGGGGUCCAAGAAGUCGAGGAGGAGCAUGUCUACGGGAGACGUCCGCGAACAAGUUGCUCAGGCUCGUGAAUUCCGUCAAAAGGCUUCGUCUCCUCCAGCUGCUGCCAGCACGAGCAACACUCCUGUUAGCGCGCUGAAGAAUGGCCCUGCUGUGAAAGCGGGCCGAGGUAUCAGAGGCGGCCGAUUGACUCUGGGCAUUGAUGAUGAUGAGAGGUCUAUUUUGGAUUCGUUCCGAGAGGAGGUUGGGAAUAUUGGGUCCGACCGCGGUUACAAGAUCCGAGAAAGACCUGUGGUGAGAGCAAGCUAUAAUGACAAGGUGGCGCACAGUAGGGCCGGAGAUAUCGAUAGUGGAAAGGCUUGGAAAGCUCUUCGUCGCCCUUCUGAUUUGCACGAACACUCUGCAAAAAUCAAGGAAAUCCAGGCUCGUGUGCUCUCUCAAAACCCCGCCUCCGCAACCGUCUUUGUCAAGGUUCUCGGUAUUGAAGGUCUUCAAUUCCCCAUUUCCAACGGGGAGGGCAAAAAGACUAUGUUCUGUGUGACGCUGGACAAUAGCAUUGAUUAUAUCCGGACGCCAUUCACUGAGCUCGGCGAGGGUGCAAAAGUCAACCAGGAGUUCAGCUUGGUUGAACACCCCAACUUUGAGUUCUCGCUAUCUGUCGACAUCCGCCGAGACCCUCAUAUCCUCAAACUCAUCCACGACAAGAACAAUCCCGCCCCUGCCAUCUCAAGACCUAUAACCUCUGCUUCCGCCCCCAAGAAAGACUCGCAUUUCCGAAACCUCUUUGCUUCUCCCCGGAAACCAAAGGGUCCUGCAGCUAUGGUCGGUAAAGCUGGAAAGGAGCGCGCCUCUACCCCCGUCAAAGCGACUCUUGCGCCGCCUCAGCCUGCUGCGCCCAAGAAGGAUACCAUCGCCAACUACCUGCCCGAAGGCAACGGGAAUGUGUCCACCAUAGCCAAGACGCAUAUCCAGUUCAAGACUAUCGCCAAGAACUGCGAAGCGAGGGUGCUCGAAAUUCGGUACCCGAUGUUUAGCAUGUUCAAGGGCGACCCGACGGCGUCGUUGUCGUCGGCGCCAUCCAGCUCUUCAGAUGGAAGUUCGAGGAAGGCUUUGGCCAAGAUCACGCUCCAAGUCUUCAGACUACCGCCCAUCCCCGGAUUGAUGCCCGAUGAGCUACCUCAGUGCAUCGAUGACUGUCUGAGAGGGCUGCGGUAUCAUGCUUGGCAUGAACACGAGUACUUUGAGGGUAUCUUGACUCAGGAUGGCGGUGAUUGUAGCCACCCCAAGAGGCGACUGUUCAAGAUUCUCGGUGGUAACCUUAUUGCUAUCAAUGAAGUGACCAAGAAGCAGGUUGCCAAAAUCAACCUUCGUCAAGCCGUGUCCAUCACCGAUCUCAACACUGCCACUUGCGGGUCUCCCAAUACGGUCGCUACUAGACGAGGUGACUACGACGAAGAUGGUGGCUUUGGUCAGAGACCGAGGAGCUUUGAAAUGCUAUUCCAGGAUGGAGAAGCUAUUGUAUUCAUGGCAGACACGGACAUGGCCAAAGAAGGAUGGAUGGAAACCCUCCAGGGCCUCAUCGGCAAGAUCCCCGCCAACCCACUUUGGGCCGAACUUCUCACUCUGCGUAUGCGAGAGAAGGCUGCCAAGCGCAGUGCCUCUAGCGGAAGUCUCGCUGCCAAGGAAGCGAGGAAAAGUGAAGUGAAAGCGAAAAGAUAG